CGUGUCCCCUUUAUCUCUUCUCUUUGAUAUAUCCAAAGAAGAAAACUCUAAAUUUGAGGGAGAGAGUGUCAGUUUCAGUCAGAGAAAUUUCUUUUGAAAUUCUUUACAUACAAAAAAACGAAAUAAAACAUCUCCAGAAAUAUCUAUCCAUCCAAUCCAAGUUCAGUUUUCGGAAUUUAAUUUUCAAUUUCAAUUUUCAACGGAGUUGAAAGUUUCCAUUUUUCAUCAGCACUGAUGAUUGUUUGAUCCUCGAAAAAUAUUGGGGAAAAAGGAAAAUUUUCGAAGAAGAAAUGUAUGUAAGCGGCGGAAGUCCAAUACGGAAGUCUUUCAAAGACUCGCUUAAAGUUCUUGAAGCCGAUAUUCAGCAUGCUAAUACUCUUGCAUCUGAUUUUCCAAGGGAGUAUGAUGGCGCGUGUCUACAAAUGAGAAUGUCAUACAGUCCAGCUGCUCACUUUUUCCUUUUUCUAGUUCAAUGGACUGAUUGCCACCUUGCCGGAGCUCUCGGACUGUUGCGGAUCUUAAUUUAUAAGGUAUAUGUUGAUGGCACCACCACGAUGUCCACUCAUGAGAGAAAAGCGAGCAUUAGAGAGUUCUACGCUGUUAUAUAUCCAUCUUUAAUGCAACUUCAGCAAGGUGUUACGGAUUCAGAAGAUAGAAAACAGAAAGCUGUAUGUCUGGAGAGAUACAGAAGGAAGGAUGAAGAUGAUCUCAGUCAUUGCUCGGAAUCGGAUGUCGAGAGGGAGGAAGAAUGUGGCAUUUGCAUGGAGACAAAUAGUAAGAUUGUCUUGCCCAAUUGUAACCAUGCCAUUUGCCUGAAAUGCUACAGAGAAUGGCGUUCAAGAUCACAAUCGUGCCCUUUCUGUCGUGACAGCUUAAAGAGGGUAAACUCUGGUGAUCUAUGGGUUCUUCUGGACAACAAGGAUGUGAUAGACAUGGCUGCUAUAACAAAGGAGAAUCUGAAGAGGCUGUUUAUGUAUAUAGAUAAGUUGCCGCUAAUUAUCCCUGAUAACCUAUUUGAACCCUAUGAUUCCCAUGUCAGGUAAAAUGACUUGAAUAUUUAGAGUUGUCGUGCUAUCUAUGCUGGAUUAUGGUAUGGGUCUUUCAUUCUCCGCGUUCACAAGAGGAACAAGAGAUGCUCUAUUGAAUUAGACUUAGAAAAUCCAUAUUCCACUUAUGUUUAGGAAGAACCCAGCCUUGAUUUAUUGUGGGCGGAGGUUUAAGUUUAGAAAAGAAAGGGGGGAGGUACCUUUGUCGUCUUGAAAUUUGUAAAUUCCUGUAUAGUUUGAGGUCUUCUCAGUAACUUGAGAUUGUGACGGCAUAAAGAAAUAAACUACUUUGUUAUGGAGCUUGUGAAAUGUUUAGUUAAUAUGACCUGCUAUGCUUCUGCUGUUCAA